AUGAUAGGUCUGGGCAUUGCGGCCAUCCAAGCCUUUGAAGCAGUGAACAUGCUGUUUGUUACGGUGCUCAUAUUCUCCUCUUACAAUCUACUAGCAGAAGCGGAGGACGAGGAUGACGACCUCUCCAACAACUCGGGGUCUAGUUCCGCCCCAACCCCUGCUGAUUCCUGCUACCUUCCCCCCUCCCCGUUUCCUCUUCAUCAGCUACUAGCAGAGGCAGAGGACGAGGACGGCUAUUUCUCCAACAACUCGGGGGUCUAG